AUGCUUAAGAUUGCGUUCAUACAUCCAGACCUAGGAAUUGGCGGCGCCGAACGUCUAGUUGUAGAUGCAGCUCUAGGACUGCAAGAUUUUGGUCAUAAAGUCGAUAUAUACACCUCCCAUCAUGAUACGAAUCAUUGCUUCGAAGAAACCAAAGAUGGUCGAUUGAAGGUACACAACGUCGUUCCUCCAUUCCCGCGCGCAAUCAACGGGAAAUUUCACAUUCUACUUGCUCAUUUACGCCAAUUACAUCUGACAACGUACCUCCUAAGUCCCGGAGCGCCACGGUACGACGUCUUUUUCGUCGACCAGCUGUCGACGUGUAUACCAUUGCUCCGUUCAAUAGGCCAUGCGCGUGUCGUCUUCUACUGCCAUUUCCCCGACAAGCUUUUGGCAAAUGGAGAGUUUAUUGAGGAUCCGGUCGUCAGAGCUGAGCGCAAUUUGUUGAAAGGAGGGUUGCUGAAGAGGAUCUAUCGGUACCCUAUGGAUUGGUUAGAGGAAUUCACUACACGUCAAGCCGAUGUGAUACUGGCAAAUUCUAAAUUCACUGGUCGAGUAUUCAAGGAUAAUUUCCCUUCGAUCCAACGAACACCGGAGGUCGUGUAUCCUGGAAUAAAUAUCGCAGCGUAUGAGGCUACGGAGGACUCGGUAACGGAUUCAGAUGUUGCUGCAAUUUUAUCCGACCGACCAACGCUGAUUUCUCUAAACCGAUUUGAGAAGAAGAAGAAUGUAGCUCUAGCUGUGGAAGCUUUCGCCAGAAUACGAACACAGGAUCCUAGCACUUCGAAUCUACGGCUAGUUUUGGGUGGUGGCUACGACCCACGUCUCGAAGAUAACAUGCUCACACUUUACUCCCUUAUUGACCUCGUCUCCAAAAAACACACUUUGACCUACAACGUCAUCACCCCUUCAUCUUCACCAAAAGCGGUCAAAAUCCCACCUCUCAACACAACACCUGAAAACCCUGCUGUGCUCUUCCUCCUCAACUUUACAACCGCUCAAAGGACAGCGCUGCUCACCUCACCUUCCACCAUUGGUUUACUCUAUACCCCAGCAAACGAGCACUUUGGUAUCGUCCCCGUGGAAGGAAUGCUUUGUGGCGUCCCAGUACUUGCGUGCGAUAGCGGCGGACCGGUAGAAUCAAUUGUGGAUAAGCCGGCGGACGAGCGCACAGGGUGGUUGAGGGCGCCGGAUCCAGAGAUUUGGGCUGAGGCAUUGCGUGAGAUUGUGGGAAUGGGGGAGGAGGAGCGGGUAAAGAUGCGUGUACGAGCGAAGAAGAGGGCGAGAGAGUUGUUCGGGAUGGAGGCGAUGGCGCGGGGAAUCGAGGAUGCAUUGAAGGAAGCAGUGGGUAUGGGAAAAGUGCGUAGUAGGUUGACGUUUUGGUUGUUGGUGACGCUCGGGAUCGUGGGUUUAGUACUUGCUUUGAUUUGGGUAUGA